AUGGCUUCAAGCAAAGACAACCAAGAGAUUCCUUCAAUAAAAUUGCAGCGUGAAGCAGAUGGAUUUAGCGAUUGGCAUCGUGAUUACACCGUUCAAGCCGGGGUAGAGUCUCACUCAGUUCGAGAUGCUGUGAGCAGGUGCAGGAACGUCCUUACUACGGUCCGGCAAUCACUCGGUUGUUCCGACCCAGAGAGUGACCCCGACAUCCUGGAGACCGCAAACGAGGUAUUUACCAGGGUAGGUAGCGUCUUAGCGAGUUUCGACACAAACGAUCUUGUCUUCACGACUACAGCGGAUGAUGAAGAAAGGGUCAAAGCUUUGAAGACCGCAUAUACGCGAGUACUAGAAGAGUGUGAAGAGGCGCAAACCCGCCUGAAGGGAAAGAAAAAGGUUGUUUCCGACAGAAGACGGGGCAGGACCGGUGCGCUGUACGCGAUGGCGGUAGCGCUUCAAGGCGAGUCGCACAGACACAGAUCUAGGCGACGAAGCCAGUCGAAAGCAAGAAACAGUCAAUCAUUGUCCCAGGACCCUGAUCAGGUUGCAAUAGCGCCGCAAAGCCCAACUAGCUCAGCUCGCCCGAGACAGCAUGGGAAAUCGAGUGGACCGAGCAGUCCUGUCAAGGCGAAGAAACGUGGGGACCAGCUUGUACUUGUGCGUAAGAAGUGA